GGUUAACGCAGGGGCCCGGGCAUGGCGCUCGUCUCGAACGGCCUCGGUGUCGCGCUCCCGGCAGGCGAUCAUCACCCGGUGGCGCCACAGCAGCAGCAAUCUCGCGAUGAGGAGCCGCCGAUGCCGCCGGCGCAGGUAGCAGCAGCAGGAGUAGCAGUAGAGCACACGGAUUCUUCUGACCCUAGCGCCGGCGCCGGCCCUCAAGAUCAGGCAAGUGCCCCCAAGCUUCUCAUCUCGGCCGCAUUCAACCAGGACUAUGGCUGUUUCGCGUGCGGCACAAACACGGGCUUCCGGAUCUACAAUUGCGAUCCCUUCAAGGAGACGUUCCGGCGAGAGGUACCAAACGCAGGGAUUGCGCUCGUAGAGAUGCUCUUUAGGUGCAAUAUCCUCGCGAUCGUGGGCGGUGGGCCGAUCCCUCGCUACCCUCCGACCAAAGUCAUGAUCUGGGACGAUCACCAGGGCCGCUGCAUUGGGGAGCUUGCAUUCAGGUCCGAGGUGAGAGGGGUGAAGCUGCGCAGGGACAGGGUAGUCGUGAUCCUGGAGCACAAGAUCUACGUUUACAAUUUCGUGGACUUGAAGCUACUUCACCAGAUUGAGACGAUCGCCAACGGCAAGGGACUGUGUGCGUUGUCCCCGAGCUCCACGACGCCGAUUCUUGCUUGUCCGGGACUCCACAAAGGGCAGGUUCGUGUGGAACACUACGGACUAAGAAAAACCAAGUUCAUCCCGGCGCACGAUUCCAAUCUGGCUUGCUUCAGUCUCUCGCAGGAUGGGAAGCUCCUUGCUACUGCCAGCACCAAGGGGACGCUCAUCCGGAUCUUUAACACUAUGGAUGGAACUCGUCUCCAAGAGCUGCGGAGAGGAGCAGAUAGAGCACAGAUUUUCAGCAUUGCCUUCUCGCCCAACGCUCAAUGGCUUGCCGUUUCCAGUGACAAGGGUACCGUGCAUGUUUUCAGACUUAAGGGUCCGUCGCCUUCUGACGAGUCGAGGCCGGCUGAAGCUCAAAGCAUCGAGAGGAGUGGGAGUCAGGGAUCGGGGUGUACAAGCCCGUUUGCCGGCUCGCCAACGCUCUCUCCCGGUGGAAAUCCUGGCUCAACUCUUUCGUUUAUGAAAGGUGUUCUACCAAAGUACUUCAGCUCGGAAUGGUCGUUUGCGCAGUACAGGCUCCCAGAAGAGAUUCAUGCCACUGUCGCGUUUGGAGCACAGAAGAACUCGGUCCUCAUUGUGGGACUAGACGGCAGCUUCUACAAAUGUACCUUCGAUUCAGCAAAUGGCGGAGAGAUGAUACAACAAGAGUACACCAAAUUCAUGCGAACAAACGAAGCCGAUCAAUGAUCGCUUACGCUGGGGAAAGAUUGGUGUAUAGUAAUCUCAAUGUACAGGUGAGGGAGAUCUAUAUAGCUAAUCUAUUGUAUAACUCGGAAAGAGGAAAUAUCUUAUAUCUUUCAUUUAGCAUAGCCCAUACAAUUUCGCUUGAAGCCAAACAGACUAUUAUCAGAAUCCAAAAGAACCAAAAUGUUCAUCAGA